CUUCGCAAUAUUCAGUACAUUAAUUACGAUUAUAUUAUAAUUCAAAAAGAAAAAUUUGAUUUUUUUUCAAACAAUACAAUAUAUAUGUCCGCGCCAGGUGCUGCAGAUACAUUUCAAAAAAAAAAAAUAUUAUCACUACGACGCUAUAUUGUACAUUUUUGCGCGCACACCCGCGACCCGCACUCGCCACUUACAUGAAAGCAACGCGAUCCUAACAACAAACACCACACACACGUAACGCGCGCCACCAACUGCAGUACAUCAAGUCGAAAGGAGGCUGUUCGGCGUUUAUUACUGUUUGUAAGUAAUUUAUUCGUAUUUUUCAGUGUACUCGACAUCGACGUUAGUCUGUGAUAUACAUUCGCGGGAAAAAUUCAACACGCUUGUUUGUCGUCCGGUAUCUCGUCAUGUUCCAAUAGUAUUAAGAUUUACCAGUCUAUCGUUGUAAACAGUAAUUUUUCUAACAUUGUUCUAUUUGUCUCAUUCGGACACUAAUAUUAUUUUAACGGGUUAUUAUUUUUUCACCGUGAAUAGUAGUUAUGUGCACAAGUAUCACUAACAUUAAGUAGUGUAAUGAAAAUAUAGAUUGAAGAAUCAAUUAGGUUAGGGAAAAAUCAAAAAUCUUACCAUGGAUUAUAUUUUAUUUGUACCUAUACGAGUUGUACAAAAUGUUUUGUAAUAUUAUAAUUUGGCAUUAUAUCAGUCCCCUAAAUGUCAUUAACAGUUAUCCUAAUGCAAUUUCCUUGCUCAAUUUUCUAUAACAUUUACAUUUUUAUAUAAGUACUUAUACUGUAUUUAACAAUUUUGUAUUUUUUUGUUACAGAAAUAAUUUUACUAAAGGUGAAUAUUUCUAUCGCCUGUAGUAUUUGAACUGAUAUUGUUUUAGUGUUUUACUAAAGAUUUUGAAAUGGCUGGAAAUUUGCAACAGUUCAACAACAUAAACAAAACAAAAGAUGAAAAACGCCUGGCAUUAGUUCAAAUUGUUAAAAUUGAUCUGAAUAAAGAAGUAGAUGAAUCUAACAAAGAAGGUUUCAAGUACUCGCCUGCAUACAUUACCACAAGAAGUGCUGCAAACAGCGGAACUACAUCAGAAAGAAUUCAUUGUCAGCUGUUGGGUAUGUAAAGUUUAAAUAUAAAAAAUUAAAAAAGCUGUCCUAGGAUAAUGGAGACGGUAGCAGCCGCUGUUAUAAGUAAUUUAAUGUACACCAUUGCUAACGAACAAUCAAUUCUGAGGUAGAAAAGUUGUUCACAGGAAAAAAGAAAACCGUAACAUUUUUAACCAAUACCUACAUUUUCCCAUUUUUUUGAUUUUUCACAUUUGUUGAGAAAACACCUACGAAAAUCGAAAAAUAACUUAAGUACCUCCCCACACCGAUUUCCUUUCAGAAAAUGUGUUACAUUUACAAAUCGGAGCAAGAUUUUUGGUUGAAAAGUUGCGCACAGAAAAAAAAAAUUAUAUUGUAAAAUUAUAAGCUUCUUUGCUCUACUCAUAAUCUUAAAUACGUUGAAGUCUGGUUCUUGGGUAAAAAAAAAAAAUCAAAAUAUCGAAAAAUGCCAAAUAUAAAUAUUUUCUAUGCCUUCCAUCUCGCCAAUGUUUCGUGAUUGAAUUUUCAAUUUUUCCAUUUCCUGCAGAGAAUGACAAGUUUAAAAGUGUGUGUUUGCGGUCUUUGAGAAAUUUUUAUCUCUAAAAGUCUGCCUCUUGUGUGUUCAAAAAAAAAAAGUCAAAGUAUCAAAAAUAAUCCUUUUAUUUUCCAUACCCCUUCCUCACCUUAUCAACGUUUUUCAAUUAGAAUUAACAUUCUAAUUUCCUACAAAAAUAUAAGAGAUUUUAGCAAUUUUAUUCAUUACCUACUCAAAUGCCAUAUUGUUGAAAAGGGUUAAAAAAAAUUGAAAUAUCGAAAUUACUGUUUGGCAAUUUAUUUGGGCACAAUACUAUUAGAUAACCACUAAAGCAUUUUUCGAUUUUUAUAACCCAUAAAUUAUAGAUUUAGUUUUGAUUCCGAGAGGGUGAGAGCCAAACAGUCUCUAUGAAUAAUACCAUGUUUCCAAGCCCUUGAACGCGCACCUCUAAACAGGGACAUGAGAAAUUGAAAAUUCAAUCAUGGGUUAGAAAAAUACACGCAUUUGACGUUUUUCGAUAUUUUGACUUUUUUCAACCCAAAGACCCAGUCAUUAAUCUGAAAAAAACUACUAGAUUAAAUAUGUCAAUUUUAAUUUUUGUAAAUAUAUUAUUACAUAUUGGUAAAUAAUAUUUGUUUUAUUUCAAAGAAUAUUUAUGUUGUUGAUAAUUUUUAAUCUCUUGAUUCUAAAUAAUUUUUUUUUUAUAAUUAUAUAUUUAACUUAAAGCUUUAAUUAACCUAGUUGUAAAUAUAUUAAUAAUUAUUAAAUUUUCUAUAUAAUAGUUCUUAAAUUUGUUUUACAAUUUAUAGAUAGUCAUAAUGCACAGAUUGUCGAGUUUACUCUGAGUUAUUCAAUAGAUUAUUGCAAAUUAGCCAAAGAUACAUUUGCUAUACAAUUAAACAGUUUUACAUACAUGUUAAAGUUUAGAACACCUAAAGGUAACAAAAUUUAUAAAGUAAAUUAAUAUCAAUCUACCUUUAUAAUGUAUAUGUAUAUAUAUAUAUAUAUAUAUAAUUAUAUUUUAAUUGAUGAUUGAAUUAGACUUGUAUGAAUUCUCCUUAUUGUUGGCUCAUGCUAAAAAAGGCAAUCAACUCUCUGUAUUUUCAACACGAACUGAUGAAGCAUCUGCCACACAAUAUUUCCAAGUAAUUAAUUUGUAUUCAAUAUUAUUUAAAUCUACUAACUAUGUUAUGUUUAUUACCUAUUGAAAUUGUAUAGUUUUAUGGAUAUCUUUCUCAACAACAAAAUAUGUUACAAGACUAUAUACGAACUAGUACCUACCAAAAAGCAGUACUAAUUAAUACCAUAGACUUUCAAGAUAAAGUUGUGUUGGAUGUAGGUGCUGGAUCAGGAAUAUUGUCAUUUUUUUCUAUUCAAGCUGGCGCUAAAAAAGUUUAUGCUGUAGAAGCUAGUUCUAUGGCUCAACACGCACAAGUAUAUAUUUCAUUCACUUAUAAUGUUUAACUUCAACUAUUUAUUUAUGUAUUUAUUUGUAGACUUUGGUAGACUCUAAUAAUUUAGGAGACAAAGUUUCUGUUAUUGCUGGUAAAAUUGAAGAAAUUGAGUUACCUGAAAAGGUUGAUGUUAUUAUUUCAGAACCAAUGGGUUAUAUGCUUUAUAAUGAACGUAUGCUUGAAACUUAUUUACAUGCUAAAAAAUGGUUAAAACCAGGAGGUAAGUUAUAGUUUAUUAGAUUUAAUGAUUCAAAUAAUACUUAAAUUUUAAAUGUUGGUUAUUAUACUUUUUUACUCUAUUCUGUUAAUUUUGAUUUAAUCAUUUUAAAAAUGUAUUCUUUUAGUUUAAUAAUACAGUGUGUAUGUUUGUACUACUUUUUAAGCAUUUAGUUUACUAACUUUUUAUUCAAAAUUUCAAUUCUUUGCAGAUUUCUUAAAACUUUAAGAAGUAUAUUGUCACUAAAUGUUUAUCUGGGAUACUAUAAGUAGUAGAUAACUUCUAGAAAAAAAACAACAAAAUUAGCCUUUCUGAUAUCUCCUUAUUUUAUUUUACAAACUCCAUGAAAUCCAGAAUAUUUAUUCACAUAAAAUAAACCUGAAGCUAUUACUCAGGGAUUUAGUGUUAGAUCACUGGUUCUUCUGGUAGAUUUCUCUGACUAAAUUAACAAUUUUCACUGCUGGCAAUUGGAUUGGUAAUACCCUUAUUCACAUUUAAUCAGUAUAAUAGUUCUCUAGUACAUCUUAAACAACAUUGAAUGUCAUUGCUUUCAAUAUUUUGUUAUUUUUACUAGUAAGAAUUAUAAUUUUCUUAUUUUUAAAUAAUAAAAUACCAAAAUAGAUAUUUUUUCAUUAAAUUAAAAUAAGUAUUAAUUUUGGUCAGAAACUAAUUGAUUCUGUCUGGUAAACCUGCCUAGUAACUAUACUUCUUAAUUUGUUUAUAUAAACUGGUGAUGGUUAUGCAAGUUUCAAAAUGUUGCAAUCAAUUUUUGACUCGCUUUUGUUGCCCUAGUCAACUUGACAUUUUAUGCACACAUAUUUUUGAUAACAAUAACAAAAAAUUGUAUGAUUCAACUUAAAACUAGCUAUUAUUUUUAAUUUGAAAAUAUAUAUAUAUUUAUGUGUACAAAUUUAUUAUUAAAAAAUGUCGAACAUUAUUGAACUUGUUAUGUAUAUUUUAUUUUAUCUUAUAUACACAUUAUAGUGUUUAAUUACGUAAGAAAAUUAUAUUAUAUAAUUUUGCUUAUAAUAAAUUCUUUAUAUCAUUAGUAUGUAUAUUUUAUUUGUAGGUAAAAUGUAUCCUAGUAAAGGUGAUUUACAUAUAGCUCCCUUUUGUGAUGAUGCAUUAUUCAUGGAACAAACAAAUAAAGCCAGUUUUUGGUAUGUAGUAUAUUAAAAAAAUAUAUAUAUUUUAUUUAUGUUUAUGAUAAAUAAUUAAAACUUUAAAGGGUCCAGUCAUGUUUUCACGGAGUUGAUCUGAGUGCACUGCGUGAUAUGGCCAUGCGAGAGUAUUUUAGACAGCCGAUAGUUGACACAUUUGAUAUCCGUAUAUGUCUAGCUAAGUCUGUUAAACAUAGCUUAGAUUUUCUAACAGCUACUGAACAACAGCUACAUAAAAUUGACAUUCCUCUUGAGUUUUUUAUACUUGAAUCUGGAACACUUCAUGGAUUAGCAUUUUGGUUUGAUGUUGCAUUUCAAGGAAGUUGUCAAACUUUAUGGCUUUCAACUUCACCAACUGAAUCAUUAACUCAUUGGUAUCAAGUAAGAUGCCUUUUAGAAAAGCCCAUUCUAGCUAAAGUUGGUCAAGUUGUAACUGGUAGUGUAUCACUUCAAGCCAAUGUGAGGUUAGUAUAUUGAAAUGUUAAACAUUGCUAAUUUUAUAAUUCAACCAAUUAUUUUUAGACAAAGUUAUGAUGUUUUAAUAAAUUUGAUGAUUGAUGGACUUCCACAUACAAGUUCUUCAAAUAAUUUGGAUCUUAAAAAUCCAUAUUUUCGAUAUACAGGUCAACCUUUACAGCCACCUCCUGGAGUUAACACAUUAUCUCCAAGUGAAAGUUAUUGGGCAAACUUGGAUAUACAAAGUACUGCUGUUAUUUUUUUUUAAUACAAAUUUCAAAUUUUCUUAAUCAUAAUUUUACUAAUUGUAAUACAAUUUUAAUCUACAGCUUUAAAUAUGGUAAAUGGAAUUCCCUUGAAUGGUUACAACCCAGAAAUUGCAAUGGAUAUUCAAUCUCCAACAGGUGUAGUUAAUAAUACAAAUCUUAUAAAUUUAGGUAGAUGAAAUAAUUGGGUUUAUAAAAUUUGGAACUUGGGUCUUAUGCUAUCUACACCGAAAAGUAGGUAUUGGUAGUACCCACAAUCUAUAACAUUCUGUUCUCAGAUUUUUUUUCACAUCAAAGAUGUAUUAUUGUUACAACAAAAUAUUGCUGAAGAAAACCGACCAUGAUGGAGUAGAUUUAAUGUACAAUAUAGACAGGACAUAUAUAUAUAUAUCAGUGUAUUAAAAGCUAUACACAUAUGGUGUAAAGAAUAAACUAGUGAAAUCUGAAAUCUGGUUUAACUUGUAAUAUACACAUAACUAUAACUAUACCUACAACAUAAGAGCUCAUCAUCAACAUUAGUUAAUGUCCAACCCACAUUUAUCAUCUGAGAUAAAGAUAACAUUCAAUGCGAUAAACAGAUAGCAUAUGAUAUGAGUUCCUAGAAUAUUAUAAUUUUAAGUUUUACUUAAAAAAUUAAUUAUAUAUUAUAGUUACAAUUCCUCAACCAAAUAUUCACCCAGGCUCAAUAAGUAGUACGGGCCGUCAACGUAUCAGUACAGCCACAUCAACAGCAGGUGCACAGCUUAUUGGUGGUGGAAUUUCUCCUACAUUAUUUACUUCUAAUCAGGUAAAUAUAAAACAAAUUUUUUAUUGAAUUAAUAAAUUUUAAGAAUGAUUUAUGUUUGUUACAAAUUGAAUGUUCUUGAAAUUUGGUAAUUUGUAAUUGCACUUUAUUAAUAAUUCAUUACUUUUUUUUGUUUGUAUAGAACCAAACCCAACAAUUAUUAGGAUCAUCCAGUUCAACUAGUGCUUUAGGAAAUUUUCCAGUUAACAAUAGUUUAAUGAUUGGAGAUUAUGUAUCACCAAAUAUUUUAAAUGCAUCAUAUCGUUAAUAUAAAUCUUUUUUUUUUUUGUAUACGAAAAAUCAUUCAUUUUCUAACAACUAUUUAGAAAUUUUUUUUCUUUCAUUAGGUUGUUUUCAAGCACACAAAUAGUGAUAAAUAUUUAAUACAACUUAUUUUUAUUUACAAUUUAAAAUUUGAAAUAGUAAUUUUUUUAAAAAAAAAAAAAAAAAAAAUUUUUUCUGCGAUUCACUUCAUUCUUAAAAUUUUUAGUUAUAGAAUAAUAUUUCAAUCAAUGAGCACUUGUUAUUUUGUAAAUUCAAGAUCGAACUGUUUGAAAAUUGAAUAAGUGUAAUACUUUAUGUAUACAUCACAUUUAACACAUGUUAACAAUUGUAAAUUUAAUAAAAAUUGUUUUGUUUAUAAAUCUCAUAAAUUGUUCAUUAAAAAUUUAGUUAAAUGGUUAAAGUUAUGCCAAUCUUUCAAGUACUUAUUAAUUUUUUUUUUAUAUUAAUGAAUUAAAUACAUUUUUAUUCUUAAUAUUUACAUUUUGUAAUUUAAUAGAAUGCAAUUUAUCUCGUGCUUUAUUGUUUUCAAGGAGACUAUAUGGUACAUUAAUGACUUGGCUGCAAUAAUUACUUGUAUAUUUUUUUUUUACUGUAAUAUAGUAAAUAAUAUCAAGGAUGAAAAUUUUACCUUUUUUCUAAUGUUUUUAAAUGUUGUGUUCUCUAAUGUUAUUUGAAUAUAAAAUACUAUACAGCUUUUUUACAAUAUAUUUAAAUAUUAAUUCAUUAUUGUGACUCCUACUGUAUUAAAUGUACAUCAUAGUAGCGUAUAAAU